GACAGUGUAGCCAAUGCUUUAUAACAAUGAGAGGGUUACCGGUGGAGAGUUUUUUUCUUUAAAAAAGUGUUUAUGAAUGCAUCAAUAAUAGUGUAAGAGGACAUGGCUCUGAAAUCUGUUUUUGGAUUACUUCCUUACUUGUAUUGCUCAUACAAAUGAAUAAUGGAGGCGGUUAGGUGCGUGAUAGCCUAACCUUGCCUGAAACCGGAGACCUAGGGUUUAGCUCAGCAGGCUAACACAUUCUUGUCAAAUUGGUGGCGUGACCCAGAUUUAGUCAGUGAUUCCUAUAAACUGGGGUCAUUGAGGAGAAGGUGAUAACCUUGCCUGAGACUUGAUAACAGGUAACCUAAUACCUAGGCUUUAGCUCCGGGGAUAACAGUAUAGUGGAAUGCAGAGUAGAAGACAUCUAAAAAGUCGAUUAGGCAGAAGUUGGAUUUUCAGUCCUAACCAAAUUAACAAUAAUGAUCUAUUCCAUUCUAUUCAUAUUCUACCGGUAAUUCUACAAGCGGAACCUUUCAUUUUUAGGAUUGUUGGCGGGAUUACUUAUAUUGAGACAGGAUGUGGUGUAACCAAGGUAGAAGUGUUGUCGUUUCCAAAGAAACGAUGGGCGUUGCCAGGGAAGUUAGUGCUGUGUCAGUGACAUGAUGAGCCAUUUUUACAUUGUAGCAUCAGUUCACAACAAUACAUUUUUAAAUAAUUAGCAUUGACGUUAAACAACAAAACUGGUUAGUUAGCCACAUUAUAGCAAGCUGACUAGCAACGUUGUAACACUAGCAAAAAUGCGGCCACAAAGACAACAGACCAACAACAAUACAGCCAUUACAGGAAGGUGUCUUUCUCCCACGGUCAACAGCUAUAAACUGCACUUUACAGCAGUGAACUCUCAAAUACCAGAGAGAAAUGUUCAGAGACCACUGGACGUCCGAUGGUCUAAAGACUUUACAAACAGGAUAAACAUGGACACCAUGAAAAUUAAUCCACCAAGACAAGACAGCAAGCUUAAUGCAGACAGUGGCGGCGGCAGGCCUCUCCACACCCCUGUGCUGGCGUUUGUCAGUGAGUUUAUGGGCCCUGAGCGUCCCCUCCUACCCCCUGCUGCUGCUCUACCCAGUGGGCAGACUGGUGACCUGGGGCCACAGCCACACAGAGUGAAGCCUAGGAGAGCAACCCACAGUGCAGGGGCCAUCAACUCCCACAGUACCUCACCCCUCACCCUGCCAACUGGACCAGGUGAUGCCAUAUCAUUGAGUGAGAAUUCUCCCUCUAGUUUUCCAAUUGCCUUUCGUUCCUGUGAUGAUUGUGCUUUGAGUCCUGAGCGACUAGAUUUGGACAGGCGUGGUCUGGAGGAGUGUCCCCUGCUGGAGGGCAUGGUUAGGCUGCGGCUGCUUAACUUUCAGCACAACCUCAUCACGCACAUCCACAAUCUGUCUCAUCUGCGGCACCUGGCUUUCCUAGACCUGUAUGACAACCACAUCUCCCAGAUGUCUGGCAUCUCAGCCCUGGCCUCUCUCAGAGUGCUUAUGCUGGGCAAGAACAGAAUCCAGAGGAUAUGCAGUCUGGAUAACCUGACUAAACUAGAUGUUCUGGACUUGCAUGGCAAUCAGAUCUCCCAGAUAGGGAACCUCUCCCACCUGUCUGAGUUGCGCGUGUUGAACCUGGCAGGGAACUGCAUCUCCAGGGUGGACAACCUGCAGGGCCUGGACUCACUGACCGAGAUCAACCUGAGACGCAACUGCAUCUCCACUGUGGUGAGGGAGAGGAGGGGAGAGGAGAGGAGGGGAUUUUAUUUCAUAAGGAUCCCCAUUAGUCGACGCCAAUGGCGACAACUAACAUGGAUGGACGUCUAA